AUGGCGCUGCUGGCGAUGAGCUUGGUGCUGGCGCUGCUGGCCCGGGACCUGGCAGCCUCUCUGAACAAUCAAUUCGGUCUAUCUUCAAGAUAUAGAAAAGCAAACUGUGAUGAAUAUACAUUGCCAGGAUGUCCCAGAGACUUUAACCCUGUAUGUGGAAGCGACAUGUCCACUUAUCCCAACGAGUGUACUCUGUGCAUGAAAAUCAGGGAAGAUGGUCAUGAUAUAAAAAUAAUCCGAAAUGGACCGUGCUGA